UCAGUGGAGCAGCUGCGGAAGGAGGGCAACGAGCUGUUCAAAUGCGGAGACUACGAGGGCGCCCUGACCGCCUACACUGAGGCCCUGAGUCUGGACGCGGGGCCCCAGGACCAGGCCAUUCUGCAUCGGAACCUGGCCGCCUGCCACCUCAAGCUGGAAGAUUAUGGCAAAGCGGAAACUGAGGCAUCCAAAGCCAUUGAAAAGGACGGCGGGGAUGUCAAAGCACUUUACCGGCGGAGCCAAGCCCUAGAGAAGCUGGGCCGCCUCGACCAGGCUGCCCUUGACCUGCAGAGAUGUGUGAGCCUGGAGCCCAAGAACAAAGUUUUCCAGGAGGCCCUGCGGAACAUUGGGGGCCAGAUUCAGGAGAAGGUGCGAUACAUGUCCUCGACGGAUGCCAAAGUGGAACAGAUGUUUCAGAUACUAUUGGACCCAGAAGAGAAAGGCACUGAGAAAAAACAAAAGGCUUCUCAGAACCUGGUGGUGCUGGCCCGGGAGGACGCUGGAGCUGAGAAGAUCUUCCGGAACAAUGGGGUGCAGCUUUUGCAACGCCUGCUGGACACGGGCGAGACUGACCUGAUACUGGCGGCUCUGCGCACACUGGUCGGCAUUUGCUCUGAGCACCAAUCCCGGACAGUGGCCACCCUGAGCAUGUUGGGAACUCGGCGCAUGGUCUCCAUCCUUGGCGUGGAAAACCAGGCUGUGUCCCUGGCAGCCUGCCACCUGCUGCAGAUUAUGUUCGAUGCCCUCAUGGAAGGCGUUAGGAAAGGCUUCCGGGGGAAAGAAGGCGCCAUCGUCGUUGAUCCUGCCCGGGAGCUGAAGGUCCUCAUCAGUAACCUCCUGGAGCUACUGACUGAGGUGGGGGUCUCAGGCCAAGGCCGAGACAAUGCCCUGACCCUCCUGAUUAAAGUGGCGCCUCGGAAGUCUCCUAAGGACCCCAACAACAGCCUCACCCUCUGGGUUAUUGACCAAGGUCUGAAAAAGAUUCUGGAGGUGGGGGGCUCUGUGCAAGACUCUCCUGGGGAGCUCGCGGUGACCGCCAACAGCCGCAUGAGUGCCUCCAUCCUCCUCAGCAAGCUCUUCGACGACCUCAAGUGUGAUGCCGAGAGGGAGAAUUUCUACCGACUCUGUGAAAACUACAUUAAGAGCUGGUUUGAGGGCCAUGGGCUGGCCGGGAAGCUGCGGGCCAUCCAGACGGUGUCCUGCCUCCUGCAGGGCCCAAGUGAGGCUGGCAACCGGGCCCUGGAACUGAGUGGCGUCAUGGAGAGCGUGAUUGCCCUGUGCGCCUCUGAGCAGGAGGAAGAGCAGCUGGUGGCUGUGGAGGCUCUGAUCCACGCAGCCGGCAAGGCCAAGCGGGCCUCGUUCAUCACUGCCAAUGGCGUCUCACUGCUCAAGGACCUGUACAAGCGCAGCGAGAAGGACAGCAUCCGCAUCCGGGCGCUGGUGGGACUCUGUAAGCUUGGCUCGGCCGGCGGAACGGACUUUAGCAUGAAGCAGUUUGCUGAAGGCUCCACUCUCAAAUUGGCCAAGCAGUGUCGGAAGUGGCUGUGCAAUGACCAGAUAGAUGCGGGCACUCGGCGCUGGGCAGUGGAGGGCCUGGCUUACCUCACCUUUGAUGCUGACGUGAAGGAAGAGUUUGUGGAGGACGAGGCUGCUCUGAAGGCUCUGUUCCAGCUCAGCAGGUCCGAGGAGAGGUCCGUGCUCUUUGCAGUGGCCUCGGCACUAGUGAACUGCACCAACAGCUAUGACUAUGAGGAGCCCGACCCCAAGAUGGUGGAGCUGGCCAAGUAUGCCAAGCAGCAUGUGCCUGAGCAGCACCCCAAGGACAAACCGAGCUUUGUGCGGGCUCGGGUGAAGAAGCUGCUGGCAGCAGGGGUGGUGUCGGCCAUGACGUGCAUGGUGAAGACCGAGAGCCCUGUGCUGACAAAUUCCUGCAGGGAACUGCUCUCCAGGGUCUUUCUGGCGUUGGUGGAAGAGGUAGCAGACCGGGGCACUGUGGUUGCUCAGGGAGGGGGCAAGGCUUUGCUCCCGCUGGCCCUGGAAGGCACCGACGUGGGGCAGAUCAAGGCAGCUCAGGCUCUCGCCAAGCUCACCAUCACCUCCAACCCAGAGAUGACCUUUCCUGGCGAGCGGAUCUAUGAGGUGGUGCGGCCCCUUGUCUCCCUGUUGCACCUCAACUGCUCAGGCCUGCAGAACUUCGAGGCGCUCAUGGCCCUAACAAACCUGGCGGGGAUCAGCGAGAGGCUCCGACAGAAGAUCCUGAAGGAGAAGGCUGUGCCCAUGAUCGAGGGCUACAUGUUUGAGGAGCAUGAGAUGAUCCGCCGGGCAGCCACGGAGUGCAUGUGUAACUUAGCCAUGUGCAAGGAGGUGCAGGACCUGUUUGUCGCUGAGGGCAAUGACCGGCUAAAGCUGUUGGUGCUGUACAGCGGAGAGGAUGACGAGCUGCUGCAGCGAGCGGCUGCCGGGGGCCUGGCCAUGCUCACCUCUUUGCAGCCGUCGCUCUGCAGCCGCAUCCCACAAGUGACCACCCACUGGCUGGAGAUCUUGCAGGCACUGCUUCUGAGCCCCAGCCGGGAGCUGCAGCACCGGGGCGUUGUGGUGGUGCUGAACAUGGUAGAGGCCUCGAAGGAGACCGCCAGCACCUUGAUGGAGAGUGAGGUGCUGGAGAUCCUGUCAGUGCUGGCUAAGGGCGAGGAGGGCCCUGUCACAAGGGCUGCCGCAGCCUGCCUGGGGAAAGCGGUGGAGUACGGGCUUAUCAAACCCAACCAGGAUGGAAAGUGAGGGGCUGCCUCUGGUUCCAAAGCUCAGGCACACCGUACCUGCACACCCCACCUAUUGCAGCACCAGGAGCAAAGAUAGAAGCCACUUUGGCUGGUGAGGGCUGGGAUGCCGGACACUCUUGCCUCUGCUUCUCAGCUGUUGCUGUUAGGAGCCACGUGGAGCCACACAGCCCUGCUCUGCAGCACUGCCUCCAGCCUCACCCAGCAGAGCCCUUUCCUGUACUACUGUAGACGGCUGGGAAGGGGGCAGGUGCAUCCCAACUUGGCCUGUGGAUUCCCGGGCAACAGGAAAGGUACAUCAAGCAGCCGCAUCAGCUGUCAGCGUCCCCUGAGCCUGCUAGCAGGCCUGCCCUGACCCUCUAAUAAAAGUGUGUGGAACUCGAAUGUGUGCCGUUUCCCAGGGCAGGGGGGGCUGGCUGUGGGCUGGCAUGUCACGGAUGAGGGCACCCUGGAGGAGCAUCACAGCAGCAGCAGAGCCACCACUAUGGAAGGAAUCCAAUGGAUUCCCCACCCCAGGGUGCUCUGAGUCACCUCUUAAUCCUGCUGGGGGGAAAAGGGGUAAGUCCAGGAAGCUAAUCAAUAAAACACUAUCCAGUGGAGUGGAAACGAAGGCUUUAGAGUACAGACUCCUCCCGUACGCUGACCCUUCAAUACUUUUGUUUGUAUUGAGUUCUCAUUGACCUUCACUCAGGCUGCGUUCGGGAUUUCGAGCCCAUGUGGUGCCGGGGCACUGUCUUUCCUCACGGGAAAUCAGUGGGCCCUCCUGUAGCUGAGCCCUUUAGAAGAAAGGCUGAGCUCUGCCAGGGUACCCGACCUGCCCCAUGCAGAGCCCGUUUCCGCCACCAGCGCCAAGUCUAGCUGGAAGCUCGUUGGCU